AUGAAAUUACAGAAACAAAAUAAUAGUACACCAAUUAUUGGUACUCAAGAUAAUAGCACUAAUAGAAGACCUAAAAGAAAAAGGGGCUCGCCUAAAGUAUUUCAAUGUCAUGGGUAUGGUGAUUGUAAAAUGGUAUUUACAAGAGCAGAACAUUUAGCAAGGCACGUAAGAAAACAUACUGGUGAAAAGCCAUUUCAGUGCGAUACAUGCCUGAAAUUUUUUAGUAGAAUUGAUAAUUUAAAACAGCAUAAAGAAUCAGUACACGCUUCAAUUAAAGGUGAUAACAUAGAUGGCAACUCAGAAUAUGACAACAAUAAUAAUAGUAAUGUUAGGAAAAGAAAAAAAAGGAACAUAAAUGUUACCACAAGUUAUUGCACUUCUAAGUCUGACUUUUUAGGGACAAAUGAUUAUAUGAAUAAGACAGAAAAGCCUAAUCCCCGAACAUUGGUAGGACAUUCAGCAUUUUUAAUGAACAAUGAUAAGAUUGGUACUACGACUAAUGAUAAUAAUAAUAAUAAUAAUAUAUAUCUUCCACCACAUGUGAAUAUGAAGAAUGGCUCUAACGAUAAAAAAUAUAACAUUUUUUUUAAUCCAAAUACUACAGAAAGUAAUAUAUCUGACACAGUUAGAGUUAUACAAGAAGCUAGUAAUAAUGCUUAUCAGCAACAAUGUAUCACAAAUAUGGGUCACAAUAAUACGAAUAAUAUGAGUAAUACUGGUUUAUUACUACAUAAUAAUAUUAAAAAGUUUAAUAACCCUUUAAUUUUGAGUUUUGAUGAAUUAAUGAAAAAUAAGCAGCAGUUAAUGAUUAAUACCGCCAUUACCGCUAGUAAUAAUAAUAAUAAUAAUAAUAAGCAAGCCUCUCCUCCUCUCACAGUAGUUAAUCCAAUUAAAUAUCAUAUUGGAACAAAUAUUACUGCUGUUGAUAACAAUAACACCAUGAAUUUAAAUAAUCAUCCGCGCGUACCAACAACAUCGCCAAUAUCGCAACUAGUACCAUCAGAAAUAAAUCACAAUAAUAAUAAUAAUAAUAAUAAUAAUAAGCACGUUACCGAUAUAAAGUUGCCCAAUAUUAGCACUAAUACUACAACUACGAUGGUGAAUACUUUUAUGAAUAAUAAACCUUCGAUAAUAGAAAAUCAAGCCAAUGUCAUUAAUACUAGUAUUGAUACUUAUAACCAUAAUACAAGCGAUAGCAGCAUUAACAGCAGUGCUGCUUCCUCUCCUUCAUCAUCGAACAAGAAGACCAGUGUCCGGUUCAUGUUGAGCGAUUAG